AUGUCGCUUGAUCAGAAAGAUGGCCCACAGGCCAAUGUACUACCCGAGGAGAAGACCGAUGCAUCAAUCGGAGAAGUUCAAGAUUUCAGCUACGACUCGGAAGCAGAGAGAAAGGUGUUAAGAAAGUUUGACAAGUUCCUCUUGCCUCCUCUGGCUCUUAUUUUGCUUGUGGCCUAUCUGGACAGAUCUAACCUUGGUAACGCAAAAGUAUUUGGUUUUGAAGAUGGCAUCGGUCUCGUCGGCAACCAAUUCAACACUAUCUCAACCCUCUUCUAUCCCUUUUACGUUCUCUUUGAAAUUCCCUGGACAAUGGCCGUCAAAACAUUCGGUGCGAAUCAUGUUCUCGGUAUCGCCAUGAUUGCCUGGAGUGUCAUCACGCUGUGCACAGGCUUCAUUCAAACCUAUCAUCAGGCGAUUGCCGUGAGAGUGCUUCUUGGAGCUUUCGAGGCUGGACUGGUGCCUUCGAUCGUGUUUAUCAUCAGCACAAUCUGGGAAAGAGAGCGACAGAGCAAGAGAGUCGCUAUCAUAUACGGGGCGAACUGCCUUUCGGGAGCAUUUGGUGGUUUAAUUGCUUAUGGUAUCGAGAGUAUGGGCACACAGCAUGGCCUCGAAUCCUGGCGUUGGCUGUUCAUCGUCGAAGGAGCCGCAUCAAUCGUGAUUUGCGCCAUUUGCUGGGCUCUGUUGCCCAGGAAUGCGGAGACAGCGUGGUUCUUGUCCUAUGAGGAGAAGGCCAUCAUGGUUGCGAGAAAACAGCGCAAUCUUGUUAACAGAGGUACCGAAGAGUUCUCUUGGGAGCAUGUUAAAGUUGCUUUCACGGAUCCGAUCAUCUACAUUGCCUCUGCCAGCUUCUUCUCUGCUUCCAUUGCUCUUUUCGGCUUCGGUACUUUCUUGCCUACCAUCAUCAAAGGUCUAGGAUACACAUCUCUGCAAGCAAACUACCUGACAAUCCCCGUCUACAUCUUCGCAACCCUGACCCUGAUAACCGCGACCUUCACUUCCGACCGCCUGCAAAAGAGAGCAAUCGUCCUCGCCAUCCUCCCCAUCGCCCCUAUCAUCGGCUUCAUAAUCGCCUGCAGCACAGCCUCCCACGCAGCAGGCUACUUCGCAAUGUUCCUCUGCGGCGCCGGCAUCUACAGCUACAACUGCCUAAUCCUAACCUGGAUAUCCACAAACCUAGCACCCGACUACAAGCGCAGUAUGGCGAUGCCGUUUUUUGUCUCUCUGGCCAAUAUUUCCGGUGUCGUGUCAUCGCAGAUUUAUCCUUCGACAGAUGGGCCGAGGUAUUUGAUGGGGAAUGGGGUUAGUGCUGGUACGGAGACGUUGGCGCUUUGUGGUGUGGUUGCCGUGUGGUGGACGUUGAGGAGGAGGAAUUUGGAAAAGGAGAAGUCGAGGGGGAUGGGGGUGGAGGAUAAUGGUAUGGAUGGUGAUCGGGGUUUGGACUUUGUGUAUAAUCUUUGA